AUGGAUCCUGACAAAGCCGCCCGCUCCAACAAGCGGCCCGGGGUUCCUCCGACAGCCGCUGAAGCCUCCGCCACAGGCGACCCGGCCCCAGACGAGUACAGGCCCCACCUUCAGGUCCCCGGCCUGCUGCGAUCCUGGAAACUGCCUCCACAGGAGGACAGACCUCCUCCUCAGCGAGGGAACAAGAUGGCCCCUGCCCAGCCGGAAGCAGAGGCGGAAGCAGGAGCGCGAGACCACGCCCCGCCCACUCAUGAAUCAUCUAUGACGCAGGACGCGCGCAGCGCAGCGCAGCACUCAGGAAGGAAUCCGCACAUCAUCCCAACCAUUGCAACCACCACAGCAGCUGUAGUCGGGCUUGUGUGUUUGGAGCUGUACAAGGUGGUUCAGGGACACCAACAACUGGAGUCUUACAAAAACAGUUUUAUCAACUUGGCUUUGCCUUUCUUUAGCUUUUCUGCACCCCUGGCUCCAACCUGUCACCAGUACUAUGAUCAGGAGUGGACAUUGUGGGAUCGCUUUGACGUACAGGCACUACAACCUGGCGGCAAGGAGAUGACCCUCAAGCAGUUUCUAGACUACUUUAAGACAAAGCACAGGCUGGAGAUCACCAUGCUGUCCCACGGUGUGUCCAUGCUCUAUUCCUUCUUUAUGCCACCCCCCAAGCUCAAGGAACGGUUGGAUCAGCCGAUGACAGGGAUUGUGAGCCGUGUGUCAAAGCGAAACCUGGGCCAUCAUGUGAGGACCCUUGUGUUUGAGCUGUGCUGCAACAACGAGAGUGGAGAGGACGUCGAUGUUCCCUAUGUACGAUACAUCAUCCGCUGACCUCUUACUGACUCUUGUCUUUCAGUUCUGUUAGCCUGUGUCAG